AAUAAUUAAAGGAAAUAAUAUAGUUUUUUAUUCUAUAGGGGUGUAACUAAUAUUUACUCCUGUUGUAUAUGGUAUAAAAUAACAAUAAUACAUUUUACCAAUUAAAACAUACUUUCUUUAAAGUUCGGGUGGGAAACAGUGAUUUGGCCUUAACACAUUUAAACUUGGAAGUGGAUCAGGGGCGGCCUCGUCACUGUGAACAGUGGGGAGUGCAAAGAUCUUCCAUAGUCCUUAGAAACGGAACAGGUUCACUGCAAUCUUCUCUCUAACUAUGGCUGAAGCAGGUGAGAUGCCAUUGAAAGAUAAAGGUAACGAGUUCUUCAAAGCUGGCAACUACCUCAAAGCAGCUGCUCUUUACACUCAGGCCAUCAAACAAGACCCUUCUAAUCCCACUCUUUACAGCAACCGCGCUGCAGCAUUUCUACAAUUGGUUAAGGUUGCUGAUGCAGAGAUGACAAUCUCAUUGAACCCCCAGUGGGAAAAGGGUUAUUUCAGAAAAGGAUGCAUAUUGGAGGCUAUGGAACAAUAUGAUGAUGCCUUAAGUGCCUUCCAGACAGCUUUGCAAUACAAUCCACGGAGUGCACAAGUAACAAGAAAGAUCAAGAGGAUUUCCCAGUGCAAAGACAAACAGCAAGCCAAAGAAUGUGAGAACGCGAGAUCAAAUGUUGAUAUGGAAAAGCAUUUGGAUGCCUGGAAAUCAGAAAAGUCUGAGAAGUAUAGAUCUGAAGGAUAUUAUAAGGAUGCCUUUUCUUUUCUUGUCGAGACAAUGGAAACAGCUGUGAAGUCUUGGCAUGAAACAUCUAAAGUGGAUGCUAGAGUCUAUUUCCUUCUUGAUAAAGAAAAGACAGACACUGAGAAGUAUGCUCCAGUUGUCAAUAUUGAUAAAGCAUUUGAGUCACCCCAUACACACAGCAGUUGUUUUUCUUUUCUAAGGCAGUAUGCUGAGGAUUCUUUCUCUAGUGCAGCAUGUCUAGUGGCACCCAAAAGAAUUAUCUCUUAACCUCAGUUAACAUAUUUUAUUUUCAUAUUAGUUUUUGAUGUGGUAAGAGUCUUAUUGACUGGAAGAGGAUUUGCAUUCUUUUUAUGCAUCAUGCAGACGGUGCAACCUAUUGAAAAUCAAGAGACAGUAACUUUCAAUGUGAUUGUGCCUCAGGAAAAUGAGCUUUAAAUUGUUGGAAUAUAAAUGCUUCCUUAUUGUGCCAAAUUUUUAAUGUCAUUUAUUAAUAUGCAAUAUUUGUAAUGGUUCCUGCCAAUUAAUGUAGGAGCUACUGCCCAGAUUACCACCCACACAUGUACCAACAGUUUGUUAAUUUUGCUUGAACCACUCCAAUUAUAAUUGGGGUUGGAGCCUUGAAUUUUAUGGGGCGAUCCACUACCAAUCUGUGUAAUGCUUAUAUAAUUUCUAAAGCAAAGAAAAACUUAAAUUUGCUUCUAUAAACUUUACCAAAGAAUUAAAUCUAGAUGAUUA